GACAGGGCCAUGGAGAAGCUGCGGCAGGUCCUGAGCGGCCAGGACAACAAGGAGCAGGGCCUCACCUCGCAGGUCCUGGACGCCACCUCCCUGAGUUUCAGCACCAGAUUGAAGUGUUUUGCGAUAUGCUUUGUGGCUGGCAUUUUCUUUUCUAUCCUUGGAACUGGAUUGCUGUGGCUUCCCAACAUAAAACUUUUUGCAGUGUUCUACACCCUUGGAAAUCUUUCUGCAUUGGCCAGUACCUGCUUUCUGAUGGGACCCCUGAAGCAGCUGAAGAAAAUGUUUGAAACCACAAGAUUGUUUGCAACAAUUAUUAUGCUUUUAUGCCUCGUCUUCACCCUGUGUGCCGCUCUGUGGUGGCACAAGAAGGGACUGGCCUUAUUAUUCUGCAUAUUGCAGUUCUUGUCCAUGACGUGGUACAGCCUGUCCUACAUCCCAUAUGCAAGGGAUGCCGUUCUCAAGUGCUGCUCUUCUCUCCUAAGCUGAGUGCCCGCCCUGCAGUGCUGUGGGCGGGAGCGCUG